AUGUCCGCCCCAUCCGACCUCUCCAUAACCCUCUACUCCAACCCCAGCUGCCCCUACGUCCACCGAACCCUCAUCACCCUCCACGAACUAAACAUCCCCUUCACCCCCUCCUUCAUCGAUCUAAACACCCCCCGCCCAGAAUCCUACCUAAAAAUAAACCCAAGGGGCACAGUCCCCGCCCUAACCUUCACCUCCCCAUCCUUCAACAACGGAAAACAAGUAAUCGUAAACGAAAGUUUGAUAAUAGUCCAUUUCCUCACCGAUCUAUUUCCAAACCAUUUAAUUCCUUCACCAGGAAGUUUGGGAGGCGCUGCUGAGAGGGCUAGGAUUUUGUUUGUUAUUGAUACUUGGGGGAAUAAAGUCGGUACUACGUUUAUCAAGGCUGCGUUGGCUAGUGUGGGUGAGGAGGUAGCUGCGAAGGAAGCUGUUGAUACUGCUGUUGCUGCUGUUGAGAAGGAGAUUGAUCCUUUGUUUGCGAAGUUGGAGGGGGAUGGGGAUGGUCCUUUCUUGGGUGGAAGGGAUAGGUUCACACUUGCUGAGGUCGCAAUCGCCCCAUUCAUCAUUCGCAACUUCUCCCAAUCAAGCAAUGGUAUCCUCUCACCAACAUUCAAGGAAAAACUCCUCGCCCUACCAAACUUUGGGAAAUGGGCGACGGCUGUUCUCAAGAACGAGAGUUUGUUGAAGGAUUGGGAUGAACCCACGUUCUUAGAGGGGGCUAGGAAGAAGUUGCAACAGUUCAAGGAUGGAACCUUUAAGCCUAAGGUUUAG